UCCGCUGGGUGCCGUACGGCCGCAGGACUCCGUCUAUUUUGCAGUCUCAGGUGUUUUCCAGUGGAAGGAUGGAAGAUCAUCCAUUCCCAGUAGUGGUUGAGGGCGACUGGGAACAAAAUACUAAUAAAGUGAAGAAAAAGCUCCAGAUUUACUUCCAGAGCCCCAAAAACUCUGGUGGGGGAGAAUGUGUAGUAGAAUUUGACACAUCUGGCAAUAAAGCAAUUGUAUGGUUCAAAUCUGAUGUCAGAGAAAACAUUCUCCAAAGAAAGAACCAUGUCGUUAAUAUAGACAGUAAGGACGUGAACCUGAGAGUGUCAAUAGCAGAACUGCCUGAAGGUGCUACUGAUAGUCAUGUGGGAGAACUCUUCCGUAAACAUGAGUCAGGUGUUGAAAAGGUCCAGAAUUCCCUACAAGCCAAAACUGAAGAAAUACACAUAACUAACAUAAUUUUGUUAGAGAAUUUGAAGAGCAUUGAAAAAGACAUUUUAGUAAUGAUGGUUAAGGAAAUUAGCAAAGAUGAGUUUUCAGCAGAAUUGCACAAAAACAUCAAAAAAGCCAUCGUUUCCUUCAGCAACACUGAUGAUGCAACUCAGUUUCUUGUGGAUUGCUCCAGUAACAAAAAAUUUCUGCAGUACGGUCUCAGUGCCAGGCCUCUUGAGCAGACCAGGAGUGUGAGGGUUGAAAAUUUGCCAUCUAACACCACAGAGGGGUUGCUGAAGUCUUCUUUUGAAAGGGCAAAGAGUGGAGGAGGCCCAGUGGAAGCCAUUAAAAUGAUACCGGAGGAACAAGCUGCGAUCAUCACUUUCAUCGAUCCUCAAGUUCUGGAAACUCUGCAAAACAACAGACAGUACGUCUGUGAGGUUCCCAUCAAUGUGUACCCCUACUACGACUCCAUAGGCAUGGCUCUGUCUGUGGCCAAAGGAACAACAGUAACAACAGGAGUGGCUACAGGUGCAGAGAGGCUAAAACCAGUGGAAGAGGAAGUACUGCAAACAACGACAAGACAAUUUGAAAUGGAAAAGGAGUGCGUGUCAGAGGAGAUUUAUCUGGAACCUACCAUGUUCUACAUCCUGGAGCAAGGUGGAAUUAAGCAGGGUACUACUGGAAAAUUUCCUGAACCAAAGCUUACUUACAUUCCAGAUGUUCAGAAGCUGGUCAUUUUUGGUUUGCCCAAUGAAGUAUCAGCCAUAAAACAUGACAUACAGCUGAAAAUUAACAAAAUUAAACAAACAUCUGUUGAUGUUGAUGUCACUCUACUAAGCUUUCUUAGUGAAGUGGACAACAAGAAGAUGAGUUUGCAAAUGUUUUCUUCCUGUAAAAUUAAUGCUCUGUACAAAAUAGUUAGUGGGGCUGUGUUCAUUGUUGCGAGCUGUGACCAAACUUUAGCUAAGGCAGAAACACGGUUGAAGAAGGUCUUGAUGACGCAGCAUAUGAAUGUGCAGGAUCCAGAGAUUCUAAAGAAACCAGAGUGGCUGAAGUUUAAAGCAGAGUUAGUGGAGGCCUACAAUUCAGCCUGCAAAACAGUAACAAUAAACUAUGUUACAGAAAGUACACUAGUAAUAUGUGGGCUGAGUAAGCAAGUGAUGGCAGUCUGUGAAAGAGUGUCAGAUUUCAUAAACAAAAACACACAUGUUGAAGAGUUUGUCCCAGUUCAGUGCAACACAGUCCUAGAGUUCAUACAGGUAUUUGAAUCCCAAGCCUGGCAAAAAUAUAACAGUAACAAUGGAGUAAAAAUUCUCUUUGAGAAUAAUGGUCCACAUGUAAAACUGUCUGGGGGAAGUCUCCUGGUUCAAGAGCUGAAGUCUUUAUUUCACAAGUUAGCAGAUCCCCUAUUCACUGAUUGCCUGAGGAUCUGUAAUCCUGGGGCUAGGAAGCACUUCCUGGAAAAACAGAAUUUACUUACCACAUUUUUGAUUAAGCAUUACAACUGUGUAGUAAUGCUUGAAGACAACAAGUUAGAAGUGGGUGGAGAGGAAGCCAAGAAGAACACGGCAGAACAGGAAGAUAAAGAUGUGCAAUGGACUUGUAAAGUAAAGAUGCCAAAUGGAGAAGUCAUUGUUGUUGGCAAAGCCAACCUCUGUCGAGUUGCUGUAGAUGCUGUUGUCAAUGCUGCUAACGGACAUCUGAGGCACACGGGUGGUCUGGCUGGAGCGCUUGUCUUUGCUGCAGGACCUCAAUUACAGGAUGACAGUGACCAGUAUAUCAAGAAAAAUGGCCCUCUGAGGACUGGACAAGCCAUUGCUACAGCAGCGGGCCAACUCCCUUGUCGGAUUAUUAUCCAUGCAGUUGGUCCAAGGUAUAGAGAGACAGACAACGCUACAGCUGUGCGGCUCCUUAAGCGUGCUGUGUUGGAGAACUUGAUUGUGGCUGUGAAAAAUAAUUCCUCCACAAUAGCUAUUCCAGCUAUAAGCUCUGGGAUUUUUGGCUUUCCACUGAACUUGUGUGCUGAGACCAUUGCAAAGACUGUGCGAGAGCACUGUGAGAAACCUCCGGAAGGCAGGGGCACUCUGAGUAAGAUCUACCUGUUAAAUCAUGAUGACAAGACUGUCCAAGCCAUGACCACGGCUGUGAUGAAAGUGUUUGAAGACAUGCAGAUGCAGCUCCCAGCACAAUGGAACCAACCAAAGAGCAAUGCAUCCUCAAACAAGCAAAAAUAUGCACAAGGAAGGAAGAAUCUCAACAACAGUGAUAUUGUUGGAAAAGAAAAAACUGAAUCCAUCCAAGGAGCAGCAUCCAUAGAAGCAGAUGUUGCUCAGACACCACAGGAAAGUCCUGCCUUUUUCAGCUUCAUCUCCAUACCCAGUCCAGGCAGAUACAUGAUGCAAAUUGGGCAAAUUACUUUCAAAGUGUUAUCAGAAGGUAACGUGGAGGAGGUCACUGAUGCAGUUGUCAUCUUCAGUAGUAAUGCCUUUACUCCAAAAUCAGGUGCAUUGCCAAACUGUGGAAUUGCAGUGACCCAGUCAGGACACCUACCUUUAGUCAUUCAUGUUUGCAUUGAAAAUAAUACCAAUGACAUCAAGAAAAAAAUACUUGAUGCGCUCCUGAAGUGUGAAGAGAACAAGUGCACGUCUGCCCGUUUUCCUGCGGUGGACACAAGCAUGGGAGGACUUCCUCCAUCGUCUGUCCCAGAUGCAUUUUUGGGUGCUGUGGCUGAGUUUCAGAUGAAAAGGAAAGGGCGACAUUUACAGGCCGUGAAUGUGGCGGUCUUCCACUCAGAUAUGGUUGUAGACUUUUACAAGAGCAUGAAGGCAAGGGAGGCACAACCCUGCACAGCACUGCAAAAAUCAUCUUGGUUUUCGAAUCCCUUCAGUGGAGUUGCCGGAACAAGCGGUGUAACAAAUGAAGCCUCUAGUAGAAGACAUGGAGAAGAGGCAGAUAAAGGCUUCACCUUGGACAGGGGAAAAGAUAUAGAGAGUGAACCAAAGACCAGGAAGUUUGACCUUUCUGUCUAUCAGUCAGUGGGAAAGAACUUCACUCCUGUAGUCUUUCAGUUCUGUGGUCAAAGUGCAGAAGAUGUGGCAAGGGCAAAAGAAGAGUUUUAUAACAUCAUUAAAGGAGAACUACGAGAGUGUACAAUUGAACACCAGUGUAUUGCCAAAAUCUCAGCAGAGGAUUUUGUGAAGCUGAAUGAUCUGGAGAGGAAGCUAACAGUCAAGAUUCUUCUGGAGAAGCAUCCCAAACCUUUAUUUCAUCUGGAAGGGCUCACCCAAGAUGUGCUUACAGCUGAAGAAGAGAUUACAGGGAUCAUCAAUGACAUAAUACUAGCUGAGAAAGCAUAAUGUUUAUUUUACUUGAGCAGUAAAAUGUCAGAUGUUGUUUACUGGAAGAAUUCAUAACCUUUUCUGUGUUGGUAAAUUGAAUAAGAGGUGUGGCAGGUGGUUUAGUGGUUACAACCACUGCUUGUGGAUUCAAAGAACCCAAGUUGAUAUCCUGCUGCCUACUAUGGGACACUUACUUAA